GAUGUUUGCUAAAAAAUUCAGAUUUGUGUUUAAUUAACAAUGGCUACAUAAAAUAGAAAAUUAAAAAUUAAAAUGGGAAAGAUUAUAAUUAUAUAAAAAGAUUAGAGCAAUAAUUAGCUAUCCAGUAAUAUAAACAUUUAAAUAUACAUUUCCUGAUCAAAAGAAGAUGAAUUUGAAAAAAAUUAUGCAAUAAGUAAUUUUAACUUUAUUAUUAUAUUUAAAAGAUCAAUUUUCUUUGAUUCUGUUGUUUUUAGCUUUUCUUCAUGGUGAGUUUACUUUUUAGCAUUACUAUUUGGAUUUGAAUUUUCUAAAUUUUUAAUACUACAAUUCCAUCUUAAAAGAUACAACAGAAUUAAAUAAAACAUACUUAAGAUUUAGUUUGAUUGCGAUGUGA